AUGUCUUUACUGGGGAAAUUGUUUUCUGGUACAUCAUCUACUGGACAGACGACUCCACACUCUAACCCUCUUGAUUCGAAUUUGGAGGAUCAUUUUUCCUACAAUUUACUCUUCCCAGAUGCCGACGCCUUGUGUCACAAGGACCAGCUCUUUCCCUUCUCAUCUGGAACAGUACUCGCACCUGCGAAUGCGAAUUCUUUUGAUGUCAAUGGAGAGAUUGAUUUGGACAUGCGCGAUGUUCGAGUAAUUAUUAUGCAGGAAGCUACUUCAACUUCUGGAAAUCCAUACGUAUUAUAUGAUAGUCAUACACCUCCACCAACUUCCCCCUCCCUUGAAAGUCAAAACUCGAAUACCUCCGCAUUCCCCACAAGGUCCGAAAACCGGCGAUCAAUCUCUACACCACGAAAGACAUCCGUAGGACAAAAUGCGAGACCGGUGGUUAUACAACAGGAAAGUACGACUCCUCGAGCUUUCGGCGGCGCAUUUGAUCGAAGAUCAACACAUAAAUCACAACCAAAUUAUACAGAAACUGAAGGACAACGUUCGGCGAGGGAAUACAAGGAAGACGUCUCAACCAUUUCGAAUUGCAUAUUUGGAAAUUCGGAAGUUUUGGCGUACAAAGGAACUGGUACCAAAGUUCACAUAUUGCCAUCGGAGUCGAGAUCCUCUGUAGGACCUGGCUCAUAUGCUGCGGAUGCAUCUUUCGGUAGAUCAGGUAUGCGAAGUAGUAAGUUGGUACAAUCCUACACUUUGGAAAAUGUCGCAGGUCCUGCUCCAGCUGGACUUUCAGCAACCACAUCUUCAAGAGCGCAAGAUAGGAAGAAGGUCCUCAUCACGCGCAUGUUUCCAGUACCCCUACCGAAUGACGAAGUCGAUAACCAAACACCAAUUGCAAUAGGCGACAAGGAAGGAUAUCCAUUUCCGAAAGUUAGCGACAAUGGCACUCCGGAAAAGAAGCCCCAGGUGAAGCAAAAGCGAACUCCUAUGUAUGCUGUCGGGUUGAUCGUUCAUCUACCUGCUUCACCACCUCGUGCGCCUUCAGCGCCAACUUCCCGGUCCAGCUUUCGUGGUGCAAGUUCGUUCAAUGAACAAGAUUCAUUUCCGUCAUCGUUCAAUUCUACAAAACGUGCGGGUUGGACUAUGCUUGGUACUGGUUUUGGUAUCGAAUCUUUGGAAUCUUCAAUUUAUAGUGAUGUGGAUGACCGGAUCGACAUGAUCACGCAACAUUGGGAUAUCAUCACGCGAACCCUUACUCAUUUGCAAGCGGUUGCGACGGAAUCCUUGCUAUGCCUCCUUCGACAAGCGGAUAUUAAUUCUCCUGGACCUCGCCGCGAAUCACACACCCGAGCCCCUUCAGCUAGUGUAUCAAUCUCUGGAAGAAGAGUGGAAGACGCCAAGCCUUUCAAAGUGCCCAAGACCAAUGCCAAGUUAGUUCAACUUGGUCAGAAUUGUUUGGUACAGAUUCAGAAAAUUCAUAAAGAAGUUGAUGCUUCUCGUCAACGGAUCUUUAGUGGUAUCAAAGGUCUUCAGGUGAUUACGGGUCAAGGUCGAUGGGGAAUUUGGCGGGAAGAAGCAAGAUUGGUUGAGAGGUGGGCAGGUGGAAAGGAAAAGGGAUUCUUCUUCUUUAACCUACUAAGUGGAUUCUUGGGUAAUCAUACUGAAUGGUUGCAAGCUCUGGGACCUCGUUGGUAUCGUCGGAGACAUUACCAAAACCGGAGAUCUCACAAAGAUGAUGAGAUACCCCUUUCAGCACGGACUGUCAUUGUUUCCAACGAUAAAAUGGCAGCAAGACGAUUGAUAUUUCUGCUUUCUGCUUUUCUACCUGCAGGUCAACAAAUCGCAUCUCGGGCUCAUCGACCCAGUACAUCAGUGUCUUUGGGUGGAUGCUCACAGUCUCCCCCAUCUAAUAUCAUACCCGUCUUGAGAGAAGAAUCUCUUCGCCGCAAAAUCAACAAACGUUCCAGCACAUCACGGGCCUCUCACUCACAAGCCAUGAGCUCUCCUGCCCAGACCGCGCAAUCCGCACAAUCUUCUAAACCUCAGCCAGAACCUCCUAGUGGUCUUGGAAUUACAGUCCAUAAUGUCCGGCGUGAUCGCUCAUCAUCCGAUUUGUCUCAAAUCAAGACAGCAAAUUUGCCAAUUCCUGGAAGUGGUAGAGGGAGUAGAAAGAGUAGCACGGCAACAACAAGGACUGCCACACCAAUCACGACAGUUCCACACUUCUCUACCCGAGCUUCAGUCAGAGGGACUGGUCCUAUACCUAGACCAGGAAGUAGUGGUAGUCUCGCAGCUGAUGAUCUCCUCAGAUCUUUAAAGAGAGGUGAUAGUUCAGGUCAAUACAGUAACAUAAGCACCGACUCCCAAGGUCAGAAUUCAGGAUGGGGUAACAUGAUUAGUGGUUUUUGGAGUUCAAAAAGAAGACCAUCAUCUACGACUCACACUUCAGCUGUAUCAAUGGAGGGAGUUGAAAUCAACGAUCCCUAUUACAGAGAUAUCACUUCACAGUCUCGUGGUAAAUCAUCAUCAGACAAGAAUGAGGAUGUCACUGAAGUUUUCUCGACAAAGUCGAAAGGUCAACAAGAACGCGAAUUGAGGAAGUCGGAGUCUGGAAGUACUGAAACAGCUAGAGCAAUUGAACAAAAGCCAGAACACGAAGUCGACGAAAUUAUCGAGCAAACGAUUCAAAUAUCGGAGCGCAUACCGGAUCCAUCAGGAGCUUACGAAUCACCAGUCAAGACUUCAAUCGCUGAUGAUGGUGCUAUUGAAAUUGAUGUUCCUCUUCCUGAUUAUCUGGCUUUCGAAACGGCUGUUAGUUCGCCAUCAAGCAGUGGUUAUCUUUCUACACCAGCGUUAGUAAGCGGACUGGAAGGGUUUGAACAUUACUCUCGCGUUGGUCCUGACUCAGAUACUACGAUAAAUGUCGGUGGUUACUUAUCACGCUAUCAUCCGGAUUUCGCGCUACAAGCAGUGCCUUCACAAUCCGAUCUUAUCGCCGAGAUCAAGGAAUCAAUGAGAGCAGAGCCAACACCUGUCGUCACAUCAACACCCCAUGCAGAAGAUGGUCGUGCCGAUCGAUGGGUCGAUGUUUCUAGUGCAUUGGUAGCCGAUACUACUAAUUUCACAAUUACUCACAUUCGUUAUAGACGUCUUGUGAAACUAAGGGAGAAUGUGGAUCCUACGACUCCAGCUAUCACCACUCCACUGGAGUCAAAGUAUGGCAAUGUUUACUCGGCCGCACUUUUUACACCAUCCCUUGAGGUGUACGAUCAUCAUGAAGAUCAAUUUAUUGAAGAACAAUUGGUUAGCAUGGAUGAAACAUUGAUUGAAGCUGUUGAGAAAAUCAUUGCUCAAUCAGGACAAGCUUCGAAACAAUCAUCUGCAUGUUCAUCUAGAUCUACCAGUAGGAGAGCUGCCGUUGGGCGAGAGAGAUCUAAUUCAGAAGGAAAGGCUGUACCUGGAGUUGGGGUCAACCUCGAGGUUCCGAGGAAUGAGUGCAAGAAGAUGGUUCUUGGUGCACUUGAAGAAAUCGUCAAGGACGUGGCAGGACGUCGAGAAGAAGUCGAUGGAGGACGAAGAUUAGGAGGAAGAGAGAGAGAAAGUUUCUUGAGGGAAGGAGUAAGAACUUGGUUGGGAAAUGUGGAGAGUGGAAUAAUUUCACCAACAUGA